UAAAUGAAGGCUAAAAACCUUCUUUUCACAUAUUAUCGCCCAUUUUAAUAAAAAAUGUCAAAAUGAAAAUUAUUAUAGACUAGACUCUAACAAAGAGUGAAAGGGGAUAAGGAUGAGGGAAAGAGAUCGGGCACGCCUAACCGAUAAAAUAUGAUUGACGAAUAAGAAGGAAAUGGAGGGACUGAAAUGAAAUAAGGCCGGACUCGGAAAUAAUGCUCUCCAUUUGCUCAAUGUGACAACAGAUGCAUAAUGUUUUCUCUUGAGACAAAGCGCAAUCUUCCGUGGUACAUCUUAAUACCAUUCUGCAUUCUACGUAUUCUUUGGGUAACAUUCAACAACCUGCAGUGCAUUCCUACCUACAUUCUCUGGUGUUUCUUUGGGAUUCCCUUACGUUGGGCUAACCCAGAUCUGUUCUGGGAACUGGAGGGAUGGCUCUUCAAGGGCGUUCUGUACAUGCUCUCUGGCUGGGCAUGGACUGCAGGCUAUACAAUCUCUGAGGUUGGUGAUGACAUCAGCAAGCUUGACACAGAUGAAGCUAUUAUGUUAAUCAACCACCAGUCUACGGGAGAUGUCCCAACUGCUAUGACUAUGUUGUUGAAUAAAGGAAGAGCAGUUUGUGGGUCCAUAUGGAUUAUAGAUCACCUGUUUAAGUAUUCAAAUUUUGGCCUUGUUUCACAGAUCAGGGGUGACUUCUUCAUCAAACAGGGCAAAGAUACCCGAGAACGUGAGAUCAAAGCACUAGGAGAACACUUGCUAAAUAUAUUCUGGACAAGACAUAGAAAGUGGCUCAUAAUAUUUCCAGAGGGAGGAUUCUUAAGAAAGAGAAAAGCAAAUAGUCAGAGUUUCGGGAGGAAACAUAAUUUACCAUUACUGCACCAUGUUACACUGCCUCGUGUUGGUGCUGUAGAAAUGGCCAUGAAUACUCUUUCAUCCAGUGCAAUAAGCAAUGGAACAUCUAGCCAUACAGAUACAGAUACAAGUCGCUUAAAAAUGGGACGCCUUAAGUGGGUGAUAGAUGUCACUGUAGGCUACCCAGGAGGUAAAGCUCUAGAUUUCCAAAGCAUCACUAGUGGAUUCCGACAGCCAUGUGAAACAGUUAUCCAUUUUCAGAAAUUUCCAAUCGAUGAAGUCCCAAAAGACACAAACAAUCUCAAACAGUGGCUUUAUGAUCGAUACAUCGAGAAAGAUGCCAUGCUUGAUCAGUUUUAUAAAACUGGAAAAUUCCCUGUGAAGCAGCAACAACGGUCUUUGGGUGAUGAUGGGAAAGUAUUGUAUACCCCAAAACCCAUUCAGCUCAGUUGUAUCACAUUAGCAGUGUUGCACCUUCUUUUUCUUGCCUCAUCCGUAUUUCAUUAUAAGGUUGUUUGUUACCUGGGGAGCUUUAUAUUUUAGCUAAUCCAGUACUCAGAUCUAUAAGAAGUCCAUUCUAUGAGAUUAUUUAUCCAUCCAAGCACAGAAAUACAAUGAACUCUAAUGUUCAGUUAGUGUCAAGCAUUAAAACACAUAUGAUUCUUAAAAUUAAGACUUUACCUUUACUUAUGUGAUUUUGCAUUAUUCACCCUUAUAUCAAUAUAAUCUUUAAAAUAUCAAUCUACUCCGUUCUCAAAACUGAUUUUUUGUGUGAAAAGAACACAUUGAUAUUUCAACUAUUUCACCUUCCCCUAGUCAGUUUCAAAGAUGACACAAAAUGAUGAUUCUCCAUUUUCUCUAAAUAUUCAGUAUCACAAUGAAUAUAAUAUGAGACAUGCAUAAUAUGGCAGCUAGCUACACAUGUACAGAGUAAAUUAUUUCUUUAUUGUAGUAGCUAGUGUAUAUAUUGUUACAAAUUCAAAUAUAUAUGAGCCAUACUGCAGUAAAGUCUGU